AUCGAAUCUGUUAUUAACAUGAAGCUGAUUCGUAUUUGAGUCGGCAUUUCGUAAGACAGUUUUUUUUCAUACCCCUCGGCACACAACAACAUACAACGUUUGCUAUGUCGGAUGUGGAUAUUUUGGUGUGGACUCUCGUUGGUGCAGCGAUAUUCAUCACUGUUAUAUUAGUGUAUGUGAGCCAGUCUACUAGUCGAGAUGAAGACGACACAGAAAAGAAAGCCAAGAAAAGACCAAAAGAGAAACCUGCACGAGUUCAGGAUGCUGGUCCUGUGCGUGCUAGAAACAGACGGAGAACGGCAAUGGAUAGGAUAAGAAGACGAGCCAUGCAAGAAGAGGGUGAGGAUGAUGAAUAUGAAGAUUAUGAUGAAGAAGAGACAGAAGAUCCUAUAUUACAGGAACUUGUAGAUCAACAGAGUGGCAAAAUAGGCAAGAAAAAAAUGGAGAAGUUGGAGAAAAAAGCUCAGAAGCGUGAAAUGAGAGAGCAUGAAUUGCAAGAACGAGAAGAAAGAAAGGAACGACAAGCGAUGUUAGAAGAGCUACGCAAAAGAGAAGAAGAAAAACGAGAACAGGAAGAAAAGAGAUUGGAAGAAGAAGAGAGAUUACGAAAAGAGGAGCAAGAGAGACGGGAACACGAGGAGUAUUUGAAAAUGAAAGAGAUGUUUACAGUUGAAGAUGAGGGACAUGAACACGUACUUACAGAGUCUGAGUCCCAGUCUCUGCUGAAAGAGUUCAUUGAUUACAUCAAGAAUAAAAAAGUUGUAAUAUUAGAAGAACUAGGUGCACAAUUUAACCUUAGAACACAGGAGGCCAUUAAUCGUGUUCAAGAUCUGCAAGCUGACGGCAGUCUGAGUGGUGUAAUGGAUGACAGGGGGAAAUUUAUUUAUAUAUCAGAAGAAGAGAUGCAAUCAGUAGCAAAGUUCAUCAAACAGAGGGGCAGAGUUUCAAUCAGUGAAUUGGCAGAUCAUAGUAAUAUGUUGAUUAAUUUGCAGUCAAACAUUGAGGUUGCAUCAUAAUUUGUCUUUUUUUUUGAUAGUGAAAUUACACGUGAAUAAAGUAAAUCUGAGUCUCUA